CUUCAAGGUAAAGAACCUUUAGAAAAUGAUAAUAAUAUGACUAAUUAUAUCAAGAGUAAUAACAAAUAUGAUACACAUUUUCUUGACAACCAAAAAAUUAAUUUAAAUGACGCUGAAAAUAAAGAUUAUAAUAGUGAAGACAAAAUGAAAGAUUAUUUAAAAGAAAUCGAUGCUAAAAAUAUUGAUGGUGAUAGUAAUAAUGAAAUUAUUCGUUUUAAAUAUUAA